AUGGAGCGCCAUGUGCGCGGACCACAGGGCCACGAUGGCGUUCCAGUAACAUGGCGAAAUGAAAACGAUGAUACAGCAACCGAUGUGCCGCCUACACGUCAAAGUGAUGCGUCCGAAUCAUCAACGGCUAUAGAUACGGAUUUAUCGCGUUCUGGCACUAGCUACAAUGACUGCAAGAGUGAUACCAACUACGCUUUAAAAGGACCCGAUGCCGCCUCUGCAUUGACACCUACAGCAUCAGGGUCAAACAACUAUAAUAAUGCCCUUAAUAAGAUGUUGAAAAUGGGAGUUAACCCUGGUAACACUGAUGGACGUAGGGAUGCUAAUGACACCAGAGUCCCGCUUAACGUUCUUCUUGAAAAUGUUGUAAGAAGUACAAAUAUAAGUAUCGCUCCUGAUAAAUACGUAAGCUUAGAGCUUGAUAGGAAAAGCCAAUCUGGUGAGGCAAACGCACGGCUCAAGUACUGUGGUAGCACUAUGUUGAAUGCCAAUCAGUAUCGAGAGGAGUUUUUGAUGGUUACUCGACAACAUGAUGAAGUGGGCUUUAGAUUGCUCUAUAACCGGUAUUACUCCCGUAUUUACGUAACUAUCAUAAUGCUCUAUGCGCUUCUCCUUGGAUGCAGUACUUUGAUGGACUGGAACACGAUAUCGGAGCCAUGGAUACGAGCAAUUGUCAUUAUGCGUUAUGUUUUUUUACUAUUCUUUACAUUUGAUCUCGUGGUGCAAGGGUCGAAUCUUACAAAUAUAAAUCUAUUACAAAAACCAGAUUUUCUUUUCGAUCUCGGCUUGCUUAUAUGCGAAAUUGUAAGCUUGAUUUGGUUGACGACAAUCAUUGGACGUGACUGCAAUUCACAAAUGCCAUUAUCAGAACAGUGCUACGCCUCACUGCACAACUUAAGAUUGUGGUCGUGUAUUCCACUAUUUAGACUAUAUAAGUUGUGCUUGGAUAACAACGAACUCUGCACUUUAUCAAAGGGUAUACUUCUGAGCAUACGCUCACUAGCGUGGACGGGGCUAUUCGUGCUCAUGGUGAUGUAUGCCUGUGCCAUAUACACGACAUGGCGGUUUACGGAUGUGGAAGACGAGACGUUGGACGAGCAUUGGGGCACGCUACUGAGAUCAAUGUACACGUUGUUCACCAUAAUGACACUAGAAGGGUGGAAUGAAGUAAGCAGUGAGACUGCCAGACACUAUCCAAAUUCCAAGAUUUUAUUCGUUAUUUUUGUAUGUUUUGCAACACUGACGGUCAUGAACGUGGUCACGGGUAUCAUUCUCAACACUUUCCUCACAUCAAACGAAAAAUUGAGUGGUGAAAUGUCGUGUAAAGGGCGGUGUGACAGAUACGUACAAAUGUCUAAGGUUUUCAGAGAAGCACUGAACAACGAACAUUCUGAAGGUGAACAGAACUGCUCGUCACAUUGCACAGCGGCAUCAUUUGGAACCUGCUUCCAAGACACAAAGGACGUGAAUGGCAUGAAAUCGAAAACUUCACAAUAUCAGACAAGUGCUAUCGCAAGGUUUGGAUAUGGAGUAGUAUCGGGGAUACGGAAUAUGCUAUGGCGGGCAAUUCCCUUUUUUAACUGGAAUCGCGGUGAAACAGACGGCGCCAUAGAUAUCGAAAAAGCUGAGCAGAGGGGUGUAGGUCCGCCAAAUGAUGACGCUUCCAACCAAAACCAGGAUGGCAUGCAAUCGCAACAAGUGGCUGAUUUACAAAGCAGCAGUGCGCGUAGCGCCAAGCUACGAAUGACACCACUCCUCCUCUCACUCACGGACCAAGAGGACUUGGAUGCAAUACAAAGCGCUGGUGACAACAGUAGCCAGAGGGCAGUCAGUCAAUACCAGCCCAAGGAUCAACACGUGUGCCACACGGACUCCUUUAGGUCAUCUGUACCUUGGGGGUCCAUGUUUGUCGACGAUACGAUAAUCGACAUGGCAACGCGUGACCCUUGUACUAUUCUGUCCGACCCGGCAAUCAAGCGUGCGUUGAAGAUGGCAGAUGUACCGAUAUACCAGGCAUAUGAAGUACUCAAACUAUACUACAAUAACGGGCUUUUCCAAAUAACGGUUACGGAAUUCGCAACUGCCUGCGACCGUAUGGUUGGAACGGCAAGUGGUAAAGAUUUGCUAUCGUUUGAAAUCGCAUUUGCUAGGCGCAUAUGCACCCUCGAGGAGAACCUUGCACAAGUUGCCGGGAAACUGGACCUGCUACUCGAGAGGCUCACCGUAUCAGGAGUUAAUCCUACAUACACGACGUAA